GAGAAUAAAAGCAAUGUGUAAUUUCUGUUAAAUCUCAGCAAUUCAUAACCAAGUUUAGAUAUUUUGGUCUGCAAGGGAUGCAGCAUUUUGUUUCAGAAUUUUAUGGAACCAACUUUGUUGUUAUUUAUGGUAUGCUUAUUAUGGGAAUUGUGUUGGAGUUACUAGCCGCAGCUGCACCAUCGCUGUCUCCAUCAGAAGCAAAAGCCAUACUCAAUAGUGGAUGGUGGAAUCAAUCGGAGAUAAAUGCAUACUCUAUUUGUUCCCAGAUGGAUGGUAUAGUUUGCAAUGAAGCUGGAAGCAUAACUAGAAUCAGAAAUCCGGAUUUUAAAGAAGGGAGUAAUUUAGCAACACUAAACCUUUCUGCUUUCGAGAAUUUAGAAUGGCUAGAGGUAUCGAACCGUGGACUACAUGGAAUUAUCCCACCUGAAAUUGGUAAUCUAUCAAAACUCACUCAUCUAAUCUUGUCCAGUAAUUCUCUUCACGGGGAGAUACCUCCUUCAUUGGGAAAUCUUUCCCAAUUAGAGAUCCUAAGCAUCUCUAACAACAACAUUCAAGGCUUCAUUCCUCCUGAAUUAGUGUCCUUGAAAAAUCUCACUGUCCUUGAUCUUUCUUUCAACAGAAUCAAUGGGACCUUGCCCAUUUCACUUUCAAAUCUCACAAAAUUACAAUCUCUUGACAUUUCUAACAAUCUACUUGUUGGUUCCCUACAAUCCUUGUUGGUGGGAAGCCAAACGCAACUAACCACUACGAACUUCAGUCACAUCCUUAUUCAUCUCGACCUGUCCAACAAUUUUUUUCAUGGGGGGAUACCUCCUUCACUGGGAAGUCUUACCCAAUUAGAGACCCUAAUCAUCUCUGGAAACAACCUUCAAGGUUCCAUUGCCCCUGGGAUCUUUCCCAUUUCACUUUCAAAACUCACAAAAUUAAAAUCUCUUUACCUUUCCAACAAUCAACUCAUUGGUUCCCUACAACCCUUGUUAGUUGGAAGGCAUGCACAACUAAGUUCUGUUGACCUCAGUCACAACCUCAUUAGUGGGGAAAUACCACCAAAGCUUGCAUGUAAUAUGCCAUCCUUAAAAUAUCUGGAUCUAAGCUACAAUAAUCUUAUUGGAACGGUUCCUCCAACUCUGCAAAGUGUCUCUUAUGUGGACCUUUCCUUCAAUAAUUUGACGGGUCCCAUUCCACAAGGUUUUACUGAGUUUCAGCUAAUAGGGAACAAAGAUGUAUGUAGCAACAAUCCGUAUUACCAAACCAAUUACCAAUUCCAGCCUUGUGCAGCCCGUAACAACAAAGUAAUUCACAAAUGGGUCAUAGUUUUUCCUAUCCUCAUUUUUCUAAUCAUAGCCUUACUACUUCUGUAUCGGAGGUUUAUUCGCAGCACAAUAAAGAUAUCAUCGAUGGCUCAGAAUGGGGAUUUGUUCUGUAUUUGGAACUAUGACGGUAGAAUAGCCUAUCAAGACAUCAUAACAGCAACCGAAGAUUUUGACAUGAAAUAUUGUAUUGGAACAGGAGCUUAUGGGAGUGUUUACAAGGCACAAUUACCAAGUGGCAAGGUUGUUGCCUUGAAAAAACUCCAUAGUUUUGAAGCAGAGGUGUUGGCUUUUGAAGAGAGUUUUAAAAAUGAGGUCAAAGUAUUAUCAGAUAUAAAACAUCGACAUAUUGUGAAGCUCUAUGGAUAUUGCUUGCACAGAAGAAUCAUGUUUUUGAUCUAUGAGUACAUGGAGAAAGGAAGCUUGUUUUCUGUCUUGUAUGAUGAUGUGGAAGCAAUGGAAUUGGAUUGGAAAAAGAGGGUUAACAUAGUAAAAGGAACUGCACAUGCUCUCUCAUAUCUUCAUCAUGACUGCACUCCUCCAGUAGUGCAUAGAGACAUAUCAGCCAGCAAUGUGUUGCUUAACUCAGAGUGGGAGCCCAGUGUUGGUGACUUUGGCACAGCCCGAUUCCUCAACCUUGAUUCAUCCAAUCAUGGUUUUAAAUUGCGAACUCUAGUUGCUGGAACCAUUGGAUAUAUAGCUCCUGAACUUGCCUAUACAAUGGUUGUGACUGAAAAAUGUGAUGUUUUUAGUUUCGGAGUAGUGGCACUUGAAACUUUGAUGGGGAAACAUCCUAAGGAAAUACUGUCAUCACUCCAAUCAACAUGUACUCAUAGCAUCACAUUAUAUGAACUAUUAGACCAGCGCCUCCCAGAGCCAAAAGUGGCAUUUUCACUGGACAUAGUUCGUGUUGCCAUUAUAGCAUUUUCAUGCUUGAAUCCCAAUCCUUGUUCUCGCCCAACAAUGAAACAAGUGUCUCAAUGUUUUUUGACUCAACCAGCUCCAUUACUCAUUCCUUUACAUGAAAUUUCGUUGCGUCAGCUCAUUAGACAAGAACUCGAAUUAUCUAAAAUUGUCAACUCCUCAUAGUGAAAUUAAGUUCAAAAUGAAGUUUGCGCAAGCUAUUAGCCUUUGAUUUAUAUUACACUUUUUUUAAGUGUAUUUGCAUGAUUAGUUAGAUAUGUUGGGAAGUGGCAUCAUAA